AUGUCCGAAUUCACAUUAGUGCAUGUUCCCCAAAGAGCAGUAAAAGGACAAGUGUUGGCAGAUUUCUUGGCUGACCACCCUGGUAUUACCCUUACAGAUGAAAUAAUUAGUUGCUGCGACAUAGCUAUAUGGGAGAUGUGGUUCGAUGGAUCCAGGACUAGCCUGGGGGCAGGCGCCGGAGUGCAUAUUGUCUCGCCCCUGGGGGCAUCGUACCAGCUAUCAUUCAAACUCCAAUUCGAGUGUACCAAUAAUCAGGCAGAAUACGAAGCCCUAAUAUUCGGCCUUGAGAUCCUGGCCGAGCUGGGGGCAAAGGCGAUUAACAUCAGAGGCGAUUCGUUGUUAGUCAUUAAACAAGUAACCAGAGAGUUCAAAUGUGAGUCUGAACUGUUGGUAAGGUAUUGCAAUAAAGCAAAACAUCUCAUCGAAGGCUUUCAGGACACAAUGAUGGAAUACACAGAGAGAGCCGAUAAUGUUGUUGCGAAUGAUUUAGCCCAGCACGGCAGUGGGUACAAAACGAACCUCCACUUAGACACAAUAGAAAGAGACAUGCCGAAUCUUCAUACUGGGGGCAUCACCGUCGACAAAAGGAGAUUUUUGGCCUACCAACUUGAUGUUAACCAAGAUUGGAGAAUUGAAGUCUUAAAUUGGUUUGAGAAGCCAGACCAUACGAAUAGGAGGUUGAGAACCUUGGCACUAAAUUAUGUAGUUUUGGCAGGCGAUCUGUAUAAGAAGGGCUUUUAA